UAUAAAAGUAAAAAAAAACAUGUCAUCAAUAAAAUCAUUUUCAUCGACCACUUCACUGAACGAUACAUCAAAAUCGGCGGUAAAGCCGACAUCAUUGGCCACAAAUGGCGGUAAAAAUGGCGGAUCAAACGGUUCAUCAAUGGCAUCAUUGAAACCCGUCGGUACUAAUGGCAAACAGACAGCAAUUGGCAGCAAAACAAAUCUUAGCCGAUCGGCGGCCAGCAGUACGGCAUCGUUACACUCGUCCCGGUCAUCAUCAGCAGGCAGUGAAUCGGUGGCCACACAGCGUACACAGUCGACCGUACGUACGGCUCCGUCGUCUAUACGUCGAUCACAUUCAUCCAAUGAAGUCCUGACCGAAAAUAUCGAUGAUUUUGCUUGCGGCGAUCGGGUAUGGGUUAACGGCCAGCGACCCGGUCAUAUUAGAUACCUGGGCGAUACCCAGUUUGCACCGGGACAGUGGGCCGGUAUUGAAUUGGAGGCCGAAGAGGGCAAAAAUGACGGCUCAGUUGGUGGUGUCCGGUAUUUUGAGUGUCCGGCGAAAUACGGUGUGUUUGUACGGCCGCAGCGUCUGACUCGACAGCUGAUCGAAGAUCCGCCAAAAUCAUCGGCGAAAUCGUCGCCAACUAAUGGCGCCGGCGGUAAUAGUCCUAACAAUGGACAGCAACCGUCGGUUCCCUCAGUGUUUGAUAGGCUAAAUGCUAGCUCAGGUAGCAGUGGAUCGUCGAAAACCAAUGGCAACAAUACCAGUGGCGGCGGCGGGUCAUCAAACAAUGGCGCCGGCGGCGGCAGUCCCUAUAAUAUUGGACGAUACGACAAUCAGCGGCUGGUUGUCGGCGAUCGUGUACUGGUCAAUGCUACGUCGGGUACGAAAUUGGGAACGUUGAUGUAUUUGGGACCGGCCGAUUUUGCACCGGGACGUUGGGCUGGUAUUGAACUGGACGAAGCUAUCGGUAAAAAUGACGGAUCAGUAGCCGGGAAACGAUAUUUUGAAUGUCAACCGAAAUACGGUUUGUUUGCACCGAUGCAUAAAAUAGCGGCCGCACCGCUAUCGGCGCUGAGAGUAUCGAAAAAAGCGAAACGACCGGCAACUGGUGGCCUAACCCGACAACGAUCGGGCGGUAGUCAAGAGUCGCUAAUAUCUGUAGCAUCGUCUACAGCAUCGUCAACCCGACCACCGCGUGUCCGACUGGGGGUCACAUCCCUAACAUCACCGCAUCGAUCGCCUACUAAACCAUCGGCGGCCGUACAGCUAUCGGCAGCGGCCAGUCUAGCCUUGACGGAUGUUAUCAAAGAAAAAGAUGAACACAUUUCCCAGUUGCUGAGGGAACGGGAUCUCGAAAGAGGUGAAGUAGCCCGAGCUGCUACCCAAGCUGACCAUUUGGAUGAACGACUGAAAUCCCUGCAAUCCGAUCACCAGAAGCUGGUCCAGGAAGCUGAUGAUGAAAUUGCCGAAUUGAAACGUUUGAAUGCGGAAUAUGAGGAAAUGCAGCUAAAAAUGGGCGCCCAGUUAGAUGAUGAACGAAAAAAACUAGAAGAUCUAGUGUUUAGGUUAGAGGAGGAGACUAUAUUACGAACAGAAUUGGAGUCAUCGACGGCUCAGAUGCGCCAGGAGUUGGAUAAACUAAAGUCGGAACAGUCGGUCCAGCGAUCGGAUGGCAGCGGCGAACUCAUGAGCAAUAUUAAGGCCCGGGAUGUCGAGGAACAGGUCGAACGAUUGGCUGAGAAGCUCAAAGAGCUGGAAGAUAGGAAAGAGGCGGAGGUGUUUGCCCUGCAGGAAGAGAUGGUCAAAAAAGAGGAAACAUGUAUGCAAUUGGAAGCGUCGAUGGAGAAGCGUACCAUUGAAUUGGCUAACUGUCAGAAACGAUUGGCCGAAUUUGAACAGGAGUUGGACAGUACCCGACAGCGUACUGAUAGGCAAAUAGAUUCAAUAGAUGAGCUAAAUAUGCGGAUCAAAAAAGAGGAAUCCCGUAAACAGGAGCUAACGGAUGAAAAUAAACAAUUGAGGCAACAGUUAGGCGAUUGCGAAAAACGGUUGCAAAACCUGGAGGAUAAGCUCCGGGAUGUACAGCAGGGUAAACAACAAUUGGAGUCAGUGUUGGACAAUAAGGAUCAACAGGAACGUCAACUGGAGGACAGUCUGAUGGAAACUAAAUAUAAAUAUGAAAAAUUUGAAGCCGAAGUCCAAUCACUUGAGCGGGAACUGACCAAAAUCAAGGGCCAAUACGAUGAAGAGUGUCGGCGACGACAGGACACUGAGGACAAGUGUGCCGUAUUGUCGGCAAUGAACCGAUCGUUGGACUUGAAAUGCGAAGAACUGACCCGUACUUCGGGUACAAACUCGGAUCUGCUGAUGAAAGUCAAUACCGAAGUUAUGGACAAACAGCGGGAGUUUCAGGACAGGGAACGUAAGUGGAAACAGGAACUGGAGGCCCGUCGGCGGGAAAACGAUACAAAAGUCGAUGAGCUAAGGGUAUUGGCCAUUGAAUUGGAAGAUAAGAAGUCACUGUUGGAGAGGUCGGAGAAGCGUCAACAGGAUUUGGAAAGGGAGUUGAAACAGUUGGACAAUGAGCUGAAACUGACCCGUAGUGAUAGCGAUGAAAAACAUGGACUGGUCAGCGAUCUGAGGCAACAAGUGGCCGAUUUGAAGCAACGAUUUCAGGCCGAAGCCAAAGAUCAGGAGAUGCACAAAGGUACACUAGAAUAUCGACUACAGGAAGUGGAAAAGGAGCUAAAACUAAGGGAACAGGAGCUACAAUCGGUCAAACAGGAAUACCGUGAUCUGAAAGAUCAGAAAUUUGAACUCGAGUUGGAACGGGACCGGUAUCGGCGGGACGGGGAACGGCUGGAAAAGUCAACCGUCGAUAAACAGUCGAUUAUCGAUACGUUGCGUACGGAUUUGGAUAAAAUGCGCCACGAGUUUGAUACGUACCGGUGCUCGUUGGAGAAGCAAUUGGAGGAAACUGUACAGACUAGCGAUGAGCUCAGGGAGUUGGGCACGGAUUUGACUAAACAAAGGGAACAAUGCAAAGAGGUUGAGGAUGAAAAUCAGUCGCUCAAAGAUGAUAACCGACAUCUGAAACAAAAGGUCGAAGAGCUCAGGGAUGAUAUCGAAGCACUGGAUAAGCGGCACCGGGAGGUUUUGGCCGAAUUUGAAUACGAAUGCGAACGACUACAACAAAAAUCGGAUACCAGUCAGCGAUUAGCCGACGAAAGGGACCGGCAGUUAAGGGAACUGGAGACCCAUCAGUCGCUGGCUAUUGAAACAUUUCAACGACAGGCCCAGCUAGAGAAGCGCCAAUUGGAGGCUACGCUGAAUGAUCUGGAGAUUAAGGUCAGGGAAUCGAUUCAGGCUAACAAUCAGCGCCGGGAUGUCGAAGCCCAAGGUGUCGACUCGUAUGAACAGCAGAUUGAGUUUUUGAAUUCAGUUAUAGUUGAUAUGCAGAAAAAAAACGAUGAACUCAAACAUCGGGUACAGGUGCUCGAAGAAAUAGGUUUGGAUGAUUUUGAAUCAAGUUUUAACUCCCGUGUUAGCGGUGGUGGCCAUCAUAAUCAUCAUAAUAAUCAUCAUCAUAAUGGUUAUACUAAUGGCCACAUUCGGGCCCCGCGUAUGUUUUGCGACAUUUGCGAAAUAUUUGACGCCCACGAAACCGAAGACUGUCCACAACAGUCGAUGUUAUCUACGGCCAUGUCGUUGGCCACUACUACGGCUGGGACGGCCACCACAACAACUACGGGAACGACAUCAUCGGCAUCAUUACGGGAGACAACUAGCGGCCAUACCUACUAUCGGGCCCAACGUACCGAACAUCGGCCCUAUUGUCUACAGUGUGAACGAUUUGGACACAAUACUGAACACUGUCCCGAUGCCGAAACAUUUUGAGAGGGGGGACAGUUAGCUUUUUAGUGA